GCAGUCGCCAUGUUGUAUGAAAACCGCUGGUGCUGUGGAUUAGAGUUUAAUCCGAGAGAAAAGAGGGGAGAGUCAGGACGACUCAACAGAUCACUAGUAAAUACGCAGAAAGCAAACAGGUCUACAAUUAGAUGCGAUUCAACAACCAGGGGAAAACUUUUCUGGAUAACAGUAAUAGCGUGAAAAAGAAACUGGAGCAUUUUCUCCUGUCUCGCGUUUCCUGGCUCUGCUGAUUUUCAUCCUCCGGCAGAAACUGACAGCAACUGGGGUCGCUCCUUUAACCAAGGACACACAAUUCCGCCUUUUCCCAGCCUUCCCUUUCCUCCCCAGUCCCCUGAGUAUAUGUGACUAUACACGUUAGGGACGGUUUUUAGGGACCGGCUCUCCUUACUUUACACAGGAGCAGCCAUUUACUUUUUCUGUUACCCGAGACGUAGCUAGCCUGCUAGCUAACUCUAUUAGCUAGGUGGUUAGCUACGCGUCUGGUUUUGGUGAGCAAACACAGUUUGGACGAUGUCGACCAAGGACCAGAACAAACUCUCCACCAUUGAGCGGCCCAUUAAAGCGGUGCCUCAUCCCCCGACGACUCGCCUCACCAUGAAGGAGCUCUACGAGGAAGGUCGACCCAAGGUGGAGCUGCUGAAGGCUCACCUGCUGAAGGAGGGAAGGCUGGAGGAGGAUUUGGCGCUGCGCAUCAUCAACGACGGAGCCAACAUCCUGCGCCAUGAGAAGUGCAUGCUGGAGGUGGAGGCGCCUAUUACAGUCUGUGGAGACGUUCACGGACAGUUCUUUGACCUGAUGAAGCUGUUCGAGGUCGGCGGUUCCCCCAAUAACACACGCUAUUUAUUCUUGGGCGAUUAUGUGGAUCGAGGUUACUUCAGCAUCGAGUGUGUGCUGUAUCUGUGGGCUCUGAAGAUCAACCACCCCACUACACUCUUCCUCCUCCGAGGGAACCACGAAUGCCGACACCUCACAGAGUACUUUACCUUCAAACAAGAGUGCAAGAUAAAGUAUUCAGAACGUGUGUAUGACGCGUGUAUGGAGGCGUUUGACUGUUUGCCUCUGGCCGCACUGUUGAAUCAGCAGUUUCUGUGUGUGCAUGGGGGCCUGUCACCCGAAAUCAGCUGCCUUGAUGAUAUUCGCAAGUUAGAUCGGUUUAAAGAGCCUCCGGCUUUCGGGCCAAUGUGUGACCUGCUCUGGUCAGAUCCUGGUGAGGAUUAUGGCAGUGAAAAAACACAGGAGCAUUUCUGUCACAACAGUGUGAGAGGCUGCUCUUACUUCUACAGUUAUCCUGCUGUGUGCGAUUUCCUGAUGAACAAUAACUUGUUGUCGAUAAUCCGAGCACACGAAGCCCAGGACGCAGGGUACCGAAUGUACAGAAAAAGCCAGACGACGGGCUUCCCGUCAUUAAUCACAAUCUUCUCAGCACCAAACUACUUAGAUGUUUAUAAUAAUAAAGCUGCUGUGUUGAAAUAUGAGAAUAACGUCAUGAAUAUCCGGCAGUUUAACUGCUCUCCUCAUCCGUACUGGCUGCCCAACUUCAUGGACGUUUUUACGUGGUCUUUACCUUUUGUCGGAGAGAAAGUGACAGAGAUGCUGGUGAACGUGUUGAACAUUUGCUCUGACGAUGAGCUCAUGUCAGAAGGAGACGAUACCUGUGAAGGUGGUGCUCCGGCUGUUCGUAAGGAGGUGAUCAGGAAUAAGAUUCGUGCCAUCGGCAAAAUGGCCAGAGUUUUCUCUAUACUUAGGGAGGAGAAUGAGAGUGUGUUACAGCUGAAGGGUUUAACCCCCACUGGGACGCUGCCACUCGGGGUGCUUUCUGGGGGUAGGCAGACGCUGCAGAGCGCCACCGUAGAAGCAGCCGAGGCCCGAGCUAUUCAAGGCUUCAACCCUCAGCACAAGAUCCAGAGUUUCGAGGAGGCACGCGGUUUGGACCGGAUAAACGAAAGAAUGCCUCCGCGAAAGGACUCAACCGCCAACUCCAUCAACGCCGACAAGAACGGCACCAACGCACAGGCGUAGUGUCCCGCUCACCCUCUUCAUGUCUCCCCCUCUCUCUCUCUCUCUCUCGCUCUCUCUCAUCUUAAAUUCACUCCUGGACCGUUUUGUGAGAAACCGGCACUAACACACAGGCGAACCCCCACUCCAGGUCAAUGAAAAACCAUCUCUCUCUCUCUCUCUCUCUCUCUCUCUCUCUCUCUCUCUCUCUCUCUCUCUUUCCCUCAUCUUUACUCACUCCAUCAAAUUUCUCUUGUAGAAAAACGGCACAAUACCGUUUAAAAAAAAAAUCAUUUUUUUUAUUUAUUUAUUGAUAUAUGAUAAGAACUUAAGAAAAGUUAAGUAUAUAAUGUCGGGAAAAAAUCAAGAUAAAUAAAUAAAGGAAUAAAUAACAUUUACAAAGAGUAUUCAACGUGCAUAAAACACAGUAUGUAUAAAUAGCCUUGGAUUGGUGUCAUCACAGUUGAAAUCCAUUUUGUAUUUUUAUUUUUGUUUCCUCCUCUUUUUUUUUAUUUUUUUUUUAUUUUUAUUUUUUUUCUCCUCUGAAUUCAGCCAAGACUUAGUUUAGCAAAAAGAAAUAUUGUGCAUGCUUGGCAAGAUGGCACUUGAAUAUAUUGCUCUGGGUGGGGUAACACGCACACACACACACACAUUCUCACACACACACACACACACAAAAAAAAAAAAAAAAACAGAAAAAAAUAGCUUUCAUUAGGGAACUGCUUUCUUGCCAGUAAUGAAGUGCUCGGUUGACUCAUGUUCACACACUGAUACGUAUCUGUCUAAACUUUAACGUGUUCCUACAAUGUUUUGGAUUUGAGCUAUUUUUUAAAUUAUCAUUGUCCCCCUCAAAACAAAACAAAAAACCCCAUUGAAGUCUACACAUGAAGACAGUGAGUGGUGGCAUGGAUGCAGUUUAUACCUGAGCUGAACAGGUCGACGUUUCCAAAAAGGAAAAAGAAAAGGGUACAAAUCUGCACCUUAACCUGUUGCUGUGAGGACGGAAAAAGAGAAUUUCAGCUUUUAUACCUUCAGUGUGUAUCUUCUACUUAGCGUUAAAUAAAUCUCUACCGUAAAAGUUCAUUAUGCUCCAAAGAUACGUAUUAAAAAGGUAAAAAGACAAAGCGACGAGGAAAGGUUCAAGUUUAAUACCAUUUUAUCAGAGCGUAUAUCCGAACGUAAUAUUUUAUUAAACGCAAUAGCAAAGUUUCAAAUUUCAUCCCGUAAAUCAGCAUAUAGUUAGAUCAGAUUAUCGACCUGUUCAGGAAUUAUUAUAAGAGCAAUUUUGCGAACAGACAUCUGCUUUAGGGUUUAGAACAAAAAAGUGGUGAAAUCAGCGUCAUGAAAUAAAAAAAUAAACAGGUCUAGCAUGCGGCAUGUGAACAUUCACCGAAUUUCCCAUUAUGCCAUUAUGUUCUUCCUGCCUUUUUCUUUUUAUUAUUAUUAAUAAUAAUAAUACAAAGCCAGUUUCACUCCAGUGACACUAUAGGACUCAUUAAGUGGAUUUGUUUUUUCCUCCAUCACUUUUCAGUGCUGCUUGUUAACUUCAGGGACCAAUUCCCUAGCUGAUCAAACUAAAUCCCAUUGUUUUCUUUCUUUCUUUUUCUGUCUUUUCCUUUCUUUUUCUGUCUUUUCCUUUCUUUUUAAACUGACCUUUUCAUCGAUGUCUCUCACUUAGAGAUUCUUUAAUCGGUUUAAUCCGUCGCUUUUCCGCUCUGAGGUGAGACACCAUGUCGUGUAACUCCAGUCCCACGGCUUUAGGAUUUUGGCCCGUGACUAAUUUACGUGUUUUGAGAAUUAUUAAUUGGUAAGGUAUGCGGGGUGGGGGAGGGGGGGGGGCAUAUAGCGAGGACGGGGUUGGAGGAAAGUGUGACACAGUCAACGAAUGAACUUCUACGGAUUAAAGAUUCACUCGGUUGUUAAAGUUAGUGCAAGUAAAGGUUAUAAAGCAAUCGUUACUUCCUUAAAAGUCCAUGAAUGGCUGAAAGUUUUGCACCAAUGAAACCUCAAAACUCUAAUCCUAAAUCAGAGAUCAGUUGUAUUAUAGGAACCACAGAGCAGUGCAUUGUGGGAUGUGCUGCAGGCUCACAAGCACUAACAUGUUUUUAAUUAAAAUCAGAAUUCAGGGGUUUUUUUUUAUUUUAUUUUAUUUGCUUGUUUAUUUUCUCCCUUUUUUCUCCAUACGUUUGCCGAUUGUGAAGCCCCUGUUCUCUACAAAAUGGGUCCGCAGAAUCCAAAGGCUUUUUUUUUUCUCUCUCUCUCUUCUUGUUUUCUAGCAGUUUAUUUUUGUUAUAUUAUUUCCCUCCCCUCCUUGUCUGACAUAAAGGGGAACUGACUGUGGCGUGGUGUGUGUGACCGUAUUUAGGCUUUUUUUUUUUCCUUUGCGCUAUUAAGGAGUUGAAUGGAGAGAUGCUCCGCCUCGGGAGGGCUUCAUUUCUGACUUCUGUUAUGGUUUCCAAACAUAUCUUACAGAAUGUACAGAAAAAUUAAUGUCUAUUAGGAUUUUUAUUUCUUAAUAGCUGAUAAAAGUUUUUUUUUUUUUUUUGGUCAAGUACUUGUAUUGCAAGGCCUCAACAAAUCUGGAUUCAUGUAGAUGUAUCACACCAUUAGAAGAAAACAAAAAACAAAACAAAAAGAAACUAAAAAGGAAUAUAUAAAAAAGUUGGGGAAAAGAAA